UUGGCGCUUCGGAGGAGCUUCGGAAUCUCAGGAGCUAUGUUGCCAGAAGUCCUGGUGGUGUCCGCUCCCGGGAAAGUCAUCCUUCAUGGAGAGCACGCCGUGGUCCACGGCAAGGUCGCACUGGCUAUGGCAUUGAACUUGAGAACGUUCCUCAGACUUCAACCCCAGAGCAACGGGACAGUGAGCCUCAACUUACCAAACAUUGGCAUCAACCUGGCCUGGGACAUAGCCAAACUUCAGCAGCUGGACAUGUGCUUCCAGGAAACCGGGGACAGCUGGCCUGCGCCCAGCCCCGCGCAGGUGGAGAAGCUGAAGGAGGUGGCGGGCUUCGCCAAGACCAGUGCCGACUCCGGCCCCGACUCCGAGGCCCUGGGCGUGCUGACCUUCCUCUACCUGUACCUGUCCAUCAGCCAGAAGCAGAGGGUCCCGCCCAGCCUGGACAUCACCGUGUGGUCAGAGCUGCCCCCUGGGGCUGGCCUGGGCUCCAGCGCCGCCUACUCCGUGUGCCUGGCCGCCGGGCUCCUGACCGCCUGCGGGGACAUCUCCAACCCACUGAAGGCCGGGGAGACUGCCAGCAGCAGGUGGACCCCGGAGGAGCUGGAGCUGGUCAACAAGUGGGCCUUCCAGGGCGAGCGGGUGAUCCACGGGAACCCCUCCGGCGUGGACAACGCUGUCAGCACAUGGGGCGGUGCUCUCCAGUACCAGCAAGGGAAGGUGGCUUCCAUAAAGAGGCUGCCGGCGCUGAAUGUCCUGCUGACUUACACGCGCGUGCCACGCAGCACCAAGGCCCUGGUGGCCAACGUGAGGAGCCGGCUGCUGAAGUUCCCGGACAUCGUCACCCCCAUCCUGAGCUCCAUCGAUGCCAUUUCCCUGGAGUGCCAGCGAGUGCUGGAGGAGAUGGUGGCGGACCCCACCCCUGAGCACUACGUCAGGCUGGAGGAGCUCAUCGACAUGAACCAGCACCACCUGAACGCCCUCGGGGUGGGCCAUGCCUCCCUGGACCAGCUGUGCCAGGUGACCAGCGCCCACGGGCUGCACAGCAAGCUGACCGGCGCGGGAGGCGGCGGCUGUGGCAUCACACUGCUCCGGCCAGACCUGGAGCAGCCCGAGGUGGAGGCCGUCAAGCGGGCGCUGAGCAGCCACGGCUUCGACUGCUGGGAGACGAUUAUCGGGGGCCCCGGCGUGACCGUGCACGUGGCCGCCUCCCUGGACGCCCCGGUGCGGCAGGCUCUGGCCGGCCUGUGAGGGCCCCGCUGCCCAGGUGGCCGCGGUUGGAUGAGCCGUCGUCAGGAGCGGGUGGCGUGGAUGGAGCCCCCGUCCCCCUGUGACCUCAGACAGGGGCCUGCGUCCCGGGCCCCGAAAGACGCGGUCUGGAUUCUUGAGCCAGCAGGCGGUGGGGCCUUUCGGGUCCCCCGAGGGGAUUUUCUGGGCCUCCCCUAGGCCCGGACCCCACCCCAGCCUGCCCCCUCCUCCCCCCGGUUAGAUACUCUUUUACCUCUGCGUGCCCUCUGCUUCCUCCUCCAGGAAGCCUUCCAGCCCCUUGGCGUGUGCACGCACACACCCGCAUCACACUGGGAUCGGCUUGAACCAUCCUGCCCUUGCCUCUAGCUGAAACUGUGACCCCCAGCCAGGGACUCCACCUGGUGCUCUGCCUUCCUCCCCGCUGCAACCCAGGCCUGGCUGGUCCGGUCCCCACUCACG